AUUCAGAGGCAAAUGUCUGAACCAUUCAGAUAUCUGAACCAUUAAGAGGUUGAAACAAAAACCGUUAGGGAGAAGGAGGGAGUACUUUCCUAAAUUUGAACUAUUAUCAUUUCAGGAAUAGUUAUUAGUUAGAGAAUACUGUAUACUCCGUAUUACUCCGUUACGAAACCCAAUAGCCCUAUGGCGGAAGAAACCGGAAAGGAGCGUUCCUCCAGCGGCGCUGGCGGCGGAACCAAAGCCGAGGAGAAGGAGUACGAUGGAAUAGAAGAAGUAGAGGAAGACGAAGACGAUGGAGGGGAAUUUGAGCCGGCGAGCGAAGAAUCUCGGAUGCGGACCGAUAAGGCGAUGGUGGAGAGCUUCUUCCGACGAAUGUCGUCGGAGGAUGUGCCGGUGAGAGUCCACGACGUGUUGAUUAAAGGAAACACUAAGACUAAGGAAGCCCUAAUUGAGGCCGAGGUUGAAUUCGUCAAGUCUGCUACUACGCUCCAGGAGUUGAUCCAGGCAUCCGGUUCCGCCUCUGCCAGACUUCAACAGCUAGAGAUUUUCGAUGCCAUCAAUGUCACUCUUGCUCCUGGGCCUCCGGAACUUCCCGGGACUGCCAAUGUGAUUGUUGAAGUCAGUGAAACCAAAAACCCUAUUUCCGGAAACAUCGGGGCAUUCUCCAAGCCCGGGUCUAGAAGCUGGUCACUUGAAGGCUCAUUAAAAUUGAAAAACCUAUUUGGCUAUGGGGAUUUAUGGGAUGGUUCUUUGGCUUAUGGUUGGGACCAAUCAUCGGAGAUCAGUGCCGGUGUGUAUUUACCUAGGUUCAAAAGGUUAAUCACUCCCAUUACAGCCAGAGCAUUUCUACUGUCUCAAGAUUGGUUGAAGUUUUCUUCUUACAAGGAGCGAUCAUUAGGCCUUUCACUUGGCCUAUUAUCAUCAAAAAACCAUGAGUUAGCAUACAAUGUCUCUUUGCGAACUCUGACAGACCCUUCACAAAUGGCCUCUAAGACUGUUAGGAGGCAGCUUGGACAUGGUUUGCUCUCAGUCCUGAAAUAUACAUUUAGAGUUGACAGGAGGAAUUCACAUCUAAGACCAACCCAAGGAUAUGCAUUUGUUUCUACAUCACAGAUUGCUGGCCUUGUACCAGAUUAUCGUAGUAUACGCUUUCUCCGUCAGGAGUUUGAUUUUCGUUAUGCUCUACCUUUUGGAUUUUACAAUGCUGCACUGAAUUUUGGGGUUUCUGCCGGUGCCAUUUUUCCAUGGGGAACUGGAUUCAUGAACAAGCCCACGUUUCUUCCUGAUAGAUUUUUUCUUGGUGGUAAUACUUCUCCAGUCUGCUCUAUGGGAGGCCCAACUUCAGUCUUUGGUUUUAAGUUAAGAGGACUUGGCCCUUCUGAGCCAAGAAGGGCAGUAAUCAAUGAAAGUUCUGAUUCUUCUGACUUGGACUUCGUUGGAGGAGAUCUUGCAGUAACUGCUUUUGCAGAUCUUUCGUUUGAUCUUCCAUUGAAGAUCCUCAGGGAAUCUGGUAUCCAUGGCCAUGCUUUUGCAUGCACUGGAAGCCUUAACAAACUGUCUGAAAAUGCAUUCAGAGGCCUAUCUAUUCAGAAGUUCCGUGAAUCAUUCAAAGCUUCAAUAGGAUUAGGAGUCAUUGUUCCCACUAAGCUUUUCAGGAUGGAGAUCAACUACUGCUGCAUACUGAAACAAGGAGAGCAUGACAGAGGGAAGACCGGCUUGCAGUUUAGCUUUUCUUCAUCCUUCUAGAAACCGGAAAAUUUAUAUCCGGCUACUUGAAUUUUAUACUGGUACACAUUCUCAAGGUAAAUUUCAGUCCAUUUUCACCAUCCCUGUGUGUGGGGUCAACAUUUUUACAGCUUUGGGUCUGUAACCGAAAGAUUUACGUCCAUGGAUGAUCCAAUUUCGCAGGGAAUAAAGUUAGACUUGAGUAUGAACAUGAUUUCCUCAUCGUUGAAGCAAAUUUGAUUUUGUUCGUUGUGUUGAUAGUUUUUAAUUUUGUACUACCUCCGUCCCAUUUUAUAACGCAUGUUUCGGUUUACGAUGUUUGACUGAAAUUAUUUUCAAACCAUUUUAUAUGACAAAUGGUAUAGAAUUAAAAAAUAAAAAUUACAUAUUAAAAAACUACAUCAAAAGAUCUACAAAACUAGUAGUGACAAUAAUAUUUUAUUUUAUCAAAUUGCUAACGAAAAUAGAGAAAGAAAGUGAAUGAAAUUUGACCAUGUGA